AUGGAGAGUAAAUGCAAGGAAAUCCUGUUACUGACAGGCCUGGAUAACAUCACUGAUGAGGAACUGGAUAGGUUUAAGUUUUUUCUUCCAGAUGAGUUUAAGAUCCCCACAGGCAAACUGGAAACCGCACACAGGACAGAGGUAGCUAACUUGAUGAUUCAAAAUGCUGGUGAGGAGUCUGCGGUGAUGAAGACCAUUCACAUUUUCCGGAAGUUGAAUUAUAUGCUUGUGGCCACAAGUCUCCAGGGAGAGAAGGACAAAAUUGAUAAGAAAUGCAAAUGUAGAGAAGGAACAAUGGUAGUGAAAAAGAGAAGUCAAGGUGAAAUGAGUCCUGUAGCCCCUGCAGCCAUCAAAAGUGACAUCAUGGAGCAAUGUUCUGCACCAGAAGUCUCUCCUCAUAUUAAGCCUGAGCAGAAACAGAUGGUGGUCCAGCAGGAAUCUGUCAGGAAAAAAGAGUUGCAGAAAGACCAUGUGAUAGUCAUGGUGCUGGAAGCAAUGAAGCCCUUUGAGUUUGAGACCCAAGAAGGGAAGCAAGAGAUAUUUCAUGUUAUAGUGGCUACUGAGAGGGAAUUCUUUUUCGUAAAAAAAUUUAAUACACAGCUAAAAGAUAAAUUCACCCCAAAGGGAAUAAUUAUAAUAUCAAAAUAUUAUUGACACCAUGGUUUCCGGGAGGUGAAUAAUAUGUCACUUGUAUUUGAUGCUGACUCAGACCAAAAGGUCAGUGUCCCAAAGAACAUUGUCAGAAAAGCUGGUGAAACUCCAAAGAUCAAUAAGCUUCAAACUCAGCCCCAUGGAACAAUUGUGAAUGGGCUGUUUGUAGUCCAGAAGAAAACCGAACAGAAGAAUGGUGUAUUAUUUGAUGUCAGUGACAACAUAGGGAGGAUGGAAGUGUUGGUGCUUGGAAAACCGAAUGAUACGAAAUGUGAGGAAGGGGAUAAGCUUCGACUUACGUUCUUUGACCUGUCAAAAAGUGGAGAAAACCUACAGCUGACAUCUGAAAUUCAUAGUACCUUUAAGGUGGGAACUGCGCGAUUAAGACCAAAAAAUAAAGUGAAAAGGACCAAUUCAAGCCAACUGGUCUAG